AUGAAAUCGAAGGUUAAUCAGAGAGCUCGAAGAUCUUCGAAAGGACUGUUCGAUGCAAACGCGGCGAUUGAUCUGGCGCACGCUGUGCAAGACUUGGGCCUUGGCAUGAUCGACGCCGGGAUGGAACCACUGCCGGAAAUUUCGCCAGCCAGUAGGAAAAACGCUGCGGACGCCGCUCUCCCGAGAAAAUCAUGUGAGAGGUUCAAUCUCACCGCCUCAGCGAAACGGGCGCUCUCGUCAGUCCUUGCCAAUCGAAGACACAAAAAGCGAGUUCACGCCCAUUUGCGGGCACUUAGCAGCUUUCCGGACGUUCCGGAUCAUCCAAUCUCAUAA